AUGAAUUAUCCAACACUUCAAACUGAAGCAAGAUUGGCAAAAUUUAAAGAUAUUAUCACUAAAUAUGAUAUUAAUUAUGAUUUUGCAUUUCGUCUUCGAGCUCUUGAAGGUUUUGAAAUAGUUAUGAUACUUGAUGAUAGUUCAUCUAUGUAUACACCAAUUAUUGAUCGAGAUCAAAAGGAUAUUUCACCAUUUAGUCAAUUACCAAGUCGUUGGGAUGAACUUAAACAUAUUGUAUCAAUUAUUGUUGAUCUUGCCUCAGUAUUAGAUCCUGAUGGUGUUGAUAUAUAUUUUCUAAAUCGUUCACCACUAUUACAUGUAACAGAUUCAUCACAAUUACAUGAAACAUUUUCUAGAUUACCAAAUGGUCCAACACCUCUUACACGUGCUCUUAGUGAAGUACUUAAUGUAAAGCGUUCACAUGUUCAUGAUCGAAAAUUAUUAAUUUUAAUUGCUACAGAUGGUUUACCAACUGAUGAUCAUGGACAAAAUGAUAUUAUUCGUUUAGAAAAAGUUUUACGUAAUGAAAGAUUUCCAUCUAUUGAUCAUAUUUAUAUAACAUUUAUUGCUUGUACAGAUGAUCUUCAAUCAGUUGAUUAUUUAAAUAAAUUCGAUAAGAAAAUUCCUUAUGUUGAUGUUUUGGAUGAUUAUCGAAGUGAACGAAGAGAAGUUUUAGCUGUACAAGGUAAACAUUUUCCAUUUUCAUAUGGUGAUUAUGUUGUGAAAAUUUUAAUGGGUUCUCUUGAUCAAUGGUUUGAUAAAUUAGAUGAAAAAAAAGUGAAAUUAACUAGUGUUGAUGGCAAACAACAACGAAGAUUUUCUCGAGAAACUCUAUCAGCACUAAAGAAUAAUUGUACAAUUUCGUAA